UGGCCGCGCAAGGUCGUUCCCCGUAGUUCUCGUGAUGGCUGGCCGUGGGAAGCUGAUCGCCGUGGUGGGCGACGAGGACACCGUGACCGGGUUCCUGCUGGGCGGGAUCGGGGAGCUGGACAAGCACCGGCGGCCGAACUUCCUGGUCGUGGAGAAGGACACGGGCCUGACGGAGAUCGAGGAGGCGUUUAGGGGCUUCCUCGGCCGCGACGACAUCGGCAUCAUCCUCAUCAACCAGUUCGUGGCGGAGAUGAUCCGGCACGCCAUCGACGCGCACACCAAGUCCAUCCCGGCCGUGCUGGAGAUACCCUCCAAGGAGCACCCCUACGACGCCUCCAAGGACUCCAUCUUGCGCCGGGCCAAGGGCAUGUUCUCCGCGGAGGACUUGCGAUAGGCGUAGAGCAGGCGGUGCGCUUCGGAUCGGCGGCAGCGGCCGCAUCUCCGCUGUCCCCCGGAGACAUUGUGUCUGCCCUCCCCAUGACGUAUCCCUUCGAUAGUUUGCUGUCAUUAUGACCCUUUUGACUGUGCUGUAAGGACGGGGGGUUCUUCCGCCUGGACGCCUGCCGCCCUAAGGAUUUCAUCGGCCUCUUUCUGCUACAGUCCUGCCGUUUGGCAUUGUUCGUUUUGCUUCUGUUGCGUCUUCCACAGGCAGAGGGGGAGCAUUGUGUUCAUUCCGUGCUCCCCGUCCGCUCCAGUCGGCCGCAGCAACUGAACCCCGCAAACCCCCCCCCCCAA